UCGUGCAUCCUGUGGGCAGUGAGGGGCAAAGAGGAUCCGGCUGGCAUAUUUUCUGCCCUGCUUCCCUGCGAUUUCUGUGGCUGUAUCACAGUGCGUGGAGUGCAGGAAGAGCUGCAGAGAGCUCGAUCAGUGACAUCGCUCCGCAGCAGAGGAAGAUUGCCAUAGAGGACCCGGGAUGCUCAACAACCUGACUGACACAGAGGAGGGGGACGGGGGAGCACAAAGCCAGGGCGACAGUAACCCCAAGGAGAGUAGCCCUUUCAUUAACAGCAGUGAUGCUGCUGCAGAGAAGAGCCAGCAGUAUGACGGCAAGAACAUGGCCUUGUUUGAGGAGGAGAUGGACACCAGCCCCAUGGUGUCGUCUCUUCUCAGCAGCCUGGCCAACUACUCCAACCUGCCCCAAGGUAGCAAGGAGCACGAGGAGGCCGAGAACAACGAGGCUGAGCCGUCACGCAAGAAACCUGUCAAGGCCCCUCAGCUUGGCACUCUGAUGGGCGUCUUUAUGCCGUGCAUCCAGAACAUCUUCGGUGUGAUCCUCUUCCUCAGGAUGACCUGGUUGGUGGGAAUCGGAGGUGUCAUUGGGACUUUUGUCAUCGUCUUUAUGUGCUGUACCACAACCAUGCUGACUGCCAUCUCGAUGAGUGCCAUCGCUACCAAUGGAGUAGUGCCAGCUGGAGGCUCCUACUACAUGAUUUCCCGUUCGCUGGGCCCUGAAUUUGGGGGAGCAGUGGGGAUCUGUUUCUACCUGGGAACCACCUACGCUGGAGCCAUGUACAUCCUGGGGGCCAUCGAGCUCCUCCUGAUUUACAUCGUGCCCAAAGCAGCCAUCUUUCCCCUGGAGGGCCUGGAAGGUCCCGAAGCAGAGGCUGCUCUGCUUAACAGCAUGCGUGUGUACGGGACCAUCCUGUUGACCUCCAUGGCCACGGUGGUGUUUGUCGGCGUAAAAUACGUCAACAAGUUGGCCCUGGUGUUUCUGGCCUGCGUUAUUCUUUCCAUCUUGGCCGUCUACGCCGGGGUCAUCAAGACUGCCAUCGAGCCUCCUGACUUGCCUGUAUGUAUCUUGGGGAACCGUACUUUGGUGUGGAAGGGCUUCGAUGUGUGUGCCAAGACCAUUGAGACGGCUAACGGCACAGUUACCACCAAGCUGUGGAGUAUAUUCUGUGAUUCACCCUUCCUCAAUGCUACCUGUGACAAGUAUUUUGAACGCAACAAUGUGACUCAGAUCCAGGGCAUCCCAGGGAUCACCAGUGGAAUCAUGACAGACAAUCUGUUUGGGACCUACUAUGAGAAGGGGGACCUGGUUGGCAGGAGGCACAUGGAGUCAGCGGAAGACCAGGAUGAUCCUCUGACCAGCAUUAAUCGCUACGUGUUGGCUGACAUCACCAGCUUCUUUACAUUGCUGGUUGGCAUCUACUUCCCCUCUGUGACAGGGAUCAUGGCUGGCUCCAACCGCUCUGGAGAUCUGCGUGAUGCCCAGAAGUCUAUCCCUGUUGGAACAAUCGCAGCCAUUAGCACCACCUCUGCCGUCUACAUGUCCAGUGUGGUUCUGUUUGGUGCCUGCAUCGAGGGUGUGGUCCUCAGAGACAAGUUCGGGGAGGGAGUGCACGGUAACCUGGUUAUUGGCACAUUAGCUUGGCCGUCACCGUGGGUAAUCGUGAUCGGCUCCUUCUUCUCCACAUGUGGAGCAGGGCUCCAGAGUCUGACAGGAGCUCCUCGCCUCCUACAGGCCAUAGCUAAGGACGGCAUCGUACCCGCCCUUCGGAUCUUUGGCCAUGGGAAAGCCAACGGAGAACCCACAUGGUCCCUCCUGCUGACAGCAUGUAUCUGCGAGAGUGGCAUCCUCAUUGCCUCCCUGGAUUCAGUGGCUCCUAUCCUCUCCAUGUUUUUCCUGAUGUGCUAUAUGUUUGUGAACCUGGCCUGUGCCGUGCAGACGCUGCUGAGGACUCCAAACUGGAGACCUCGCUUCAAGUUCUACCACUGGACUUUGUCCUUCCUGGGGAUGAGCUUGUGUCUCACUCUCAUGUUCCUCUGCUCCUGGUACUACGCCAUCGUCGCUAUGGGAAUUGCCGGGUCUAUCUACAAGUAUAUUGAAUUCGCAGGGGCGGAGAAAGAGUGGGGUGAUGGGAUACGAGGUGUGUCUUUGAGUGCUGCACGUUACGCUCUCAUGCGACUGGAGGAAGGUCCCCCACACACCAAGAACUGGAGGCCUCAGUUGCUGGUGCUGGUUAGCACAGACACCGAGCAAAACGUGGAGCAGCCUCGUCUGUUAUCUCUGACCAACCAGCUGAAGGCGGGCAAAGGUUUAACCAUUGUUGGGACAGCUCUGGAGGGCACCUACUUAGAGAACCAUGACCAGGCCCACCGUGCAGAGCAGGCACUGCGGAAACUGAUGGAAACUGAGAAGGUGAAGGGCUUCUGUCAAGUUACUGUAUCCUCAAACCUACGUGAUGCCACAUCCCACCUACUCCAAGCCAGUGGGCUGGGAGGCCUGAAACACAACGCUGUGCUGGUCUCUUGGCCUCGCAACUGGAAGCAGGAAGAUGAUCACAAGACCUGGAAAAACUUUGUUGAACUGGUCAGAGAAACCACUGCUGCUCACCUGGCUCUGCUCGUCCCGAAGAACAUCUCGGCCUUUCCAUCCAAUAGCGAACGUUUCAGUGAGGGUCACAUCGACGUGUGGUGGAUCGUCCAUGAUGGAGGCAUGCUGAUGCUGCUCCCCUUCCUGCUCCGCCAGCACAAGGUUUGGAGGAAGUGCAAGAUGCGCAUCUUCACUGUGGCCCAGAUGGACGACAACAGCAUCCAGAUGAAGAAGGACCUGACCACAUUCCUCUAUCAUCUCCGUAUCGAAGCUAUGGUGGAAGUGGUUGAAAUGCAUGACAGUGACAUCUCUGCCUACACUUACGAGAAGACCCUGGUGAUGGAACAGCGGUCCCAGAUGCUUAAACAGAUCAAAAUGUCCAAGAAUGAGCGUGGGAGAGAGAUCCAGAGUAUCACAGAUUCAUCCCGGGGGUCUAUCCGCCGUAAGAACCCGGCAGCUGUGACCACCCAGCUUAGUGUGACCGAGGAACCACCAGCAGCAAGCAAAGAGGAGAAGCCUGAGGAAGAGCCAAAGUCGGCCUCUUCUCCUGUGUCCCCCCCUGCCCAGGUCCAGCUCAUCCACGACAACACAACCCCAGCCAGCCCUGUGACCCCAGCCACUUUACUGACACCUGAGGCGGCUCAGAGCCCUGGGGAGCAGGUCCAGAUGACCUGGACUGAAAAGUGUGAUGGGGAACCCGACAAGCUGCCUGGUCCAGCCACCCCAGAGGGCAUCAAAGACAUCUUCAACAUGAAGCCUGAGUGGGAGAACCUGAAUCAAUCCAAUGUGCGACGUAUGCACACAGCUCUCCGGCUGAAUGAAGUCAUCAUCAAAAAGUCCUCAGAGGCCAAGCUAGUCCUUCUCAACAUGCCCGGGCCACCCAAGAACCGGUCAGGUGACGAGAACUACAUGGAGUUCCUUGAGGUUCUCACUGAUGGCCUCAACCGAGUGCUCCUGGUCCGUGGAGGAGGCCGCGAGGUCAUCACUAUCUAUUCCUGAAAGAGUGGCCCUCUCCCCCACCACCAGCCCUCCGCCGCUCUCUCAGCCCUGUUCCUGUGUCAUCUGUGCUCCUGCCCUCUCAUUAGCGCUGCUUCAUCAUCAUGUCAUCAAGUACAUUUAUUUCUGUAAGAUAGCCCUCUCACACUCAACAAACAGCCCAGCUCAGCUUCAGCACCUCUCCCUCAGCUCCGUCUUCAGCAGACUGAUGAGCAGUAGCACAUGCUCAGCUACUAAACCCUUCACUUUAGUCUAUUAAGCUACUAUAACUAUUGUAGGCUCUAGACUAAUUUAGAUGCUAUUUAGAGUUUUUCUUAGACUUUCUUUCCUGCUAGUCAGCAAUCUAUUGUAGUAACACACGCUGAGUUUUAGUAACUCGGAAAGGAGGAGGUGGGUUGUUAGCUGAGGUGUGAGCGCACAUGCACGCAUGUAUAUGUCUGUCCUUGUUUUAAUCUCUAUAGAUUCUUUAUUUUUUCUCCACAUACAAGCGGAUUCUGCUCAGAAAGAUGAGAGCCAGCUGAAAUGAGCUCAAUGUAGGUUUGUCUGUUUAAUUCCCUCAUGGUGAUCGGACACCUCCCACAGCCUGUUGUCUUUGAUAUGAUUCAACUUUCAAGGCAAAACACACUGCUGCCCACAGUCAGGACCAUCAACUGGAAGCAAGAGGAGACUAUAGUCAUGUAUGUACUGAGAAAUUCAAAUUAACUUUCAAAGAAGACUGACAUGUGGAUCAAACCAGCAGUAUUAUCUUGAACCUGAUCACUCCUUUGCAUGACAUCCUUAAAACUGUGUUUUUACUCAGCUUGUUCUGUUACUGCCAUUGCUGUCUUUCCAUCCAUUGUCCUUUCAGCUCAUCUCUUAGUGGCUGUUUAUCCCUGUAGCCACUAUUAGUGCCAAAAAAUACAACAAGGCUAGCUUAGUUUGUAGAGAUUGACACGUAAUUAAACUGUGAAUAGUGCGUUUUCUAGCAGAAGGCUGGUGUGACAGCAAAGUGAGGAGACAGAACAAAUCCCUGAGGAGAUUAUGCCAGCACUGCUCGACCCUCGUGUGGAUCACUGUAAAUAAUGUACAAGCUCUGACGCGUUGUUCGGUAUGGGUGUAGUAUUUUUGUGAGAUACUAAAAAGCUUCUAGUGGAGAGAAAAUGUUCCAUUAUUCAGAGGGACAGCUCAAAAUGCUAUUUUUUAAAAUUAAUAUAUUUAUUGCAUUUAUUUAUUGGAUGGCAUAGGCUCAUGUCACAAUGGUAACCAUCAUUGUAACCUCAAUAAGCACUGCACCUGCACUGUCUGCCACUGUGCAACAAGUGAAACUUUGAUGAAUUCAUCAAGUUGAUUAAAGUAAAUGCUAAAUGUUAUUUUUUCAUCUAGAGAACAAAUAUGUAUUUAUGUUUAUAGAUAAAACUUACACAUAUUGAACAAACUUUAUCAUUUUGAUUGUCACACAGAUAUAUUGUUCUUUUGCCAAAUUUGACAUGAAAUGUGCCAUAUCGAAGUAUGUUUCAGACAUAGUGAGCAAAAUUCUGAUUAAAUCACAGAUAAUAAAAUGUGCUAAAAAGAGAAAACCGGGGUGUCUUCAGGGAACUAUGUAUGGUGAUAACACCGUAGCUGGAAAGGCCCCCUGCAGAUGAUAAAAGAAUAAAUGUUCAGACCUCCAUAAAACUACCAACACCUAGCUGUAGACAUAGGCGUAUCAGCUUUUACUGGAGUUUGAACAUCUGUCGACUGAUUCUUCAUGGCGUCAAGUCUAAAUAAAUAGAGAGGACAAUGGCUUCUGUAGCUAGGAAACUCACUUUGUCGACAAGACUGAACUCUAUGCAGUAGACUCUCCAGUGAGAUUUUAUAUCCUCUAGAUUGGUUAAGAUUUGAGCCACACGUUCCUGACUGAAUGACUUGUGAGCAAAUCAUACUUAGAUUUAAAAAGUGCAUCUUGAAAGGACUGUGCAAUAGCUGAAAUCCGGACUCAUGUGAUCAUGUUAUUUAUUUUUUUACACAUAUAUUUUGUAUAUGUAAAUUUCGUAAGUCUUAUAAUAUCCAGAAUCAUCUCACUCUGACCAAGGACAGCUGUCACUUUAAUUAUUUUCUGUUUCUUUUCUUGGAGAAACUGUUUUUGGUCAUUU